AUGGACAUUGGAGAUGGAAGCACAUCCUCAUUUUGGCAUGAUAGAUGGGCACCGACGGGCAAACUCCAUUUGCUAACUGGUGACAGAGGUUUCAUUGAUCUCGGAAUAUCAGAAGAGAGUACAGUGCAGGAUGUGAUUCUCACUCAUCGGAGACGGAGACAUCGAAUUACAAUUCUGAAUAGAAUUGAAGACGAGAUAGAGGGUGUUAAACAACCAUACAGAGUUAACACUGACAAUAACUAUAUUUGGAGAUCAUCGGAAGAUACUUAUCAAGAAAGUUUCAGCACCAAAGCUACAAGAAACCAACUGAGAAUCGUUUCUCCAAAGGCUUCGUGGGCUAAAGGCAUAUGGUUCCGACAUCACUGUCCUAAGUAUAGGUUUAUAGCUUGGCUCGCUCUGCAUAUCAGACUUACUACUAGGGAUCACAUGCAGGUCUGGAGUCCAAACAUACCAAUGACCUGUAUUCAGAACUACUCCACUAACUGGAAUGCUGUUGUUCGCCAGAUUUUGUAA